AUGCCCAAGAACGAGAAAAAGAACAAGGACCUGAUGUCGACGCAGGUGUUGCUGGCAGCAUCAGGUUUAGCAGAGUUCUACAAGUAUUUCGACCAGGCAGGCCACUCUAUGUUCGAUGCGAUGGCCAAAAUCAGUGAUCUCAAGGUAGAGCAGAUCCUGCUGGAGGUGGAAGCGCGCUGCGGGGUUACCUUCAACUCAGCAGUACGGAUCAAGCUCUGGAAGGCCCUUCGCUACCAGUGGUUCCGUGGGCCAGGCAAGAGCAUGAAGUUUGUAGAGCGGACAGACGUGCCACAGCUGCACCUGCCUCCUUUAGAAUGGCAAGAACAAGACAGCAAGUUCAGGUUUGCAGAUCUGGAGUCUGACAGGCAAAGGCAGAUUGUUCGCAAGAUCAAGCAGCUGGCACCUGGUGAAACUGGCCAGUCCUUGCAGACCUUCCAGUUUGAGGUGUAUACCCGCACGCUCGAUCUGAUCUACGAGUAUCGAGACUUGGAGCGGUGCGUGCAGGAGUGGGAGAGGCGAAAUCCGCGUUCCAUGAUCCAGGAGGACAUGCGAGAAGAAGUGAUGCGGAUGAGACUCAAAAGCUGCAUCGACGCUGCAAAUGCAAGUAUUGCGGUCCGAAAGGCACGGGCGCAGAAAUUGAAAAGCUAUGCGUCCACCUUGCUGCUGAUCCAGCUCAUCAUGUUCUCGAUGUGCGUGGCCAUGCUGUUGACAGCCUUUGCAUCCCUCAACAACACGCCACCACAGAUCCUCUUCACCUUCUUCCUUUCAAGCAAGCAGUUUCUAUCGUCCAUGGUUUUCUUCACUGCGUCCGUGGUGGCAAACGUUGUUUCUGAGCGUGCGCGGGGAGAUCCCCUGAUUCGUGAACUCAGAAAGACCGUGUUGAGCUGCGAACGUCUCAUUGAGCGAAUUAGCGAUUUCCGCAUUGCCACAGAGGAGUUGCGGCUGGCGAAGAACGAGGCUGGUAAGAAAGGGGUUCCCGUCGGCCUGAACUUGAAUGUUUCCACAGAGGGCAAAGGCUCGCGUGGAGAUGGGCAGGACGAUGGAGACGACCCAAGCCAGGUCCGCCAGCGGGCAGGCGGCAAGAGGCGGAAGAAGGAGCGACCCAAGGAUGAAGCCCUGCAGCUAUGGGCGCCUGAUGCUGGCAAAUUGGAUAGUCAAGAGAUUCAGAUGAUGCAGAAACAGCUUGCCCAAAGCUUCAAGAGGCUGGAGGGUCCACCAGAAGACUUUCAGCGGCCUGGCGGCGAUCGCAUGCGGACUUUCCAUCGAAAGCUUGGGGGCGUGUCGGAAGAUGACCUGUGCGUGCAGAUCACGAGCAAACAGCAGAAGAAGCGUCAGGCUUAUGUGGAGCAGUUGAAAGAACAAGCGCUGGCAAAACUUCCAAAGAACCCUCCGCCACCCGCUCUGGCUUUGCAGACGUCCCAGCAGGACGGUGCGAUCACACAAAAGGGAGUUGUUUGA